GACAUUUAUCGUUAUUCGUUCACUGACUGUGUCACUUUUAACUCAAUUAAAACAUCAAAAAACAUUUGAGGAUGCUGAAUUCAGUGCAAUUAUUAUUGUAUUUUCUGAUUUUAUUUCUCUAUUACAUUAGCUUAUCAAGUGCACAAUCGCUAGGUCAAAGUUGUCAAACGCCCGAUCAAAAACAGGGUACUUGCAUUGAUUUGCACCAAUGUCCUUCUCUCUUCGCCAUUUAUACAAGGAGACCUUUAUCGACUGAUGAUCGGUCUUUUUUGCUUAGAAGUCAAUGCGGCUCUCGUGGCCAUUCACCUUUGCUUUGCUGUGCACUUGCUAUACAACCUACAACUCCAUCACCACCUCGACCCGAAAACCAUCAACAGUCACCAAAUGUAAGGCUUGCAGACGAGCUUCUGCCGCCACCUGGAGUAUGUGGACUGCAAUAUGAAGAACGAAUCAUCGGAGGCGAAGAAACCGCUUUGAAGGAAUUCCCUUGGACUGUCUUGCUCAAAUACAGCACACCAAAAGGUGAAGCAUUCAAUUGCGGUGGUAGUCUUAUUCACAAGGACUUCGUUAUAACGGCAUGUCACUGUGUUGAUGCAAAACAUUUAAGAGAUCGACGUUGGACUAUACCAGCCGUACGUCUAGGAGAAUGGGAUGUAACCACCAAUCCUGACUGUGAAGAAGUUGAUGAUGAUGAAAAUAAUGAUGAAACUAUUCCACGUUGUUCAGAACCUUAUGUUGAUAUUCCCGUAGCCGAAAUUAUUCGCCAUGAGCAAUACCGUCCCAAGGUUAGAUACGAAACAAAUGAUAUUGCCUUGAUUCGCCUGCAACAAUCAGCUGUAUUCACCGAUUUUGUUAGACCCAUCUGUUUACCCAUAGCAAUAGCAAAUAAAAAGUAUGAUGAUCUCUUACUAACAGCUGCCGGGUGGGGCGUUACUGAGAGAGGUACCACCAGUCACGUUAAAAUGAAAGUUGCUAUUAAGGGAGUUCCUCUAAAUCAAUGCAUUGCACAAUAUGGUAACUUAUCAAUUAAACAAAUAUGUGCUGGCGAAGAUGAUAAAGAUGUGUGCAAUGGUGAUAGCGGAGGUCCCUUAAUGAUUCAGCAUAGUGUUAGUCCGCUGCACGUGUAUCAUUACUUAACGGGUAUUGUAUCAUUUGGUCCAGUACCAUGUGCAAGAAAAGGAUCGCCAGCCGUAUACACAAGAGUCGAUCAAUAUAUCGAUUGGAUAUUAUCCAAAAUAAGCUGAUAAAGCAGCCAUAAUCAAAUCGCCGUACAGAGUUUACACAUUUAAUUUGAUGAAAUUCCACCUUGAACUGAAUAUUUCGACACAGACUUUGUAAUUCAAAAUGAUUUUGAACUGGAAACAAAACAUUACAUUAUUUAUAAAAGAUUCA